UUUUUGCUUUCCCUGCAGUGGUUGCAGUUACUCUUAUGUUGUGUUCUUUGCAAAAUGAGACGGAACCGGAAUCAGUUGUGCUGUGUUGGGACGGGGCACUUUGUUUUUUGAGUGUGGAAUCAUGGGAUCAACUCCCUUCUUAUAUUCGAUAUAAGGAAAUUGAAUCGAGUUGGUAAUGGUUGGUUCAGAGUCCAUACCAUCUGUGUAUAUGCAGAACAACAAAGUUGAAAAAAAUCAGGGUAAAAUCACAAUUGGGCUUGAGAACAGGGGCAAGAACACAAUAACCUCUUUUUUCUAAAAGCUCGGUAAAAGUUUAAAGUUAGAGGAAGUUCAACUUAGGACAAAACUAAAGUGAACUAUAAUUUUGGAAUGGAGCGGCGAGCGAGUAGGUUAGUUUUGCUCUCACUGAAAUAUACAGCCCGAGAAUACCUUUAUCUUUUUGGCCACUAAUGAUCAUAUUCAUAUAUCUGUGGAUAAAGAUGUGGCAAUGUGGCUAGUUAACAAGGCUCAACUUGAGGUUUGAGGCGUAAUGUCAAGGUCAUGAAACAGGUCUCCUAGGAUGGAAUUGAGUCCAGGAUGAACUGCCUCUGAUUAUAAAUGAUGAGUAUAAUCUGUUAAAUAUCAUAAUCUGAUAAGCAGAUAAAUAUCGUUACCUCUCUCUCUCUCUCUGUGUGUGUGUGUGUGUGUCUGUCUGUCUGUCUCUCUAUUUUUUUAAAGAUCUGGAACAUAGCUGGCAUAUAUUAAUAAGGAGAGGAGAGAAUUACAUGAACAGCUUCCCAGUUUCGACAGACUGUCAAGCUGGGCGAAACGAACUAAACGGACUACUCACAUUCUAGGGGUACGACAAGAGGCCAUAACAACGUGGCCUCCAAAACCGACCAAUGUGCAUCUUCUAUCUCACCAAACCAAUUCUCAACCAUUUUCUUUCAACACCCGGAACACCUCUGCCUAAAACUUGCAUGCAAGAAGCUCCAUCUUCCUCAAGACAAUUCCUUAGCCACUGUCUUGCCCUCCCCAGCACUAACAAACUGGAGGUGGCAACUCACUGAUCCCCAAUUAACACAUGUGCAAUCCAUUGGAACAACAGCAUGAACCCGAUCCCUAACACAGCAAAUCUGCUCAAUUGGGUGACUUCCUGGUGUGACACCGACUGUUGCUCGAAUAAUCGUACAAUGCAUGAGCACCAUCAUGGGACCUCCAUCUCGGCCGCCCCCCGACUCCGCUGCCAGUGCAGCUAAGGCCUCGGAGAGCUUCUUGUUGUCCAUCUUCGUCGUAGCCCUUAAUGCCUUGAUUGCCUACUCUGGGAGGUCUUGUCCAAACAUGUCAAUGAACUCCGUGAUUGCUGCAUCCGGCGCCGGCGACUGGCCAUUGAUAAAGUCCAGCUCAUGCAACAUGCAUAAGCUUGCGCUGGGCGUGCUGUGCUACCGGCACAGGGGAUGGAUGAGCGGCCAGACGCAGGUUGGAGCGGGUGGGAGCCAGUGUCCUUCUGCGUCCUCAGAAGGAGGCGCAGCCACCGAUGUCCUCUGUCCCGUGCAAACCAAUUGAGCCACCGGUGUCCUCUACCCCUGCAAGUCAGCAUACUCAUCCUCCUUUUCUUUUUUGGUAUAGUGUUCCCAGAACCCAAGGUUCAAACUUGUUAAUCUUUGACUUAACACUUAAUUCAAGAAUUUGUAUGUUAUACCAUACUAGUUUGAUAUCAUUGGAUUCAUAUUUGAAAAAGGUUUCAUAUGAUGUGAAAUUCAUAGUCAUUAAUAUGAGAUACCAACUAAUGAUCAAAGUGUGAUGUCGGAGAUCGUACUGGGUCAAAGCUACAAUAUAAAAAAAAUGAGUACCUAUUCAUUGACAUAUACGAGUUGAUCAAUUUGCCUAAGAUUUAUAUAAAACUAACUAUGAUCCAUUUCUGAUCGGACUUUUGUUAAUUGGUAGAACAACGUACAUGGCUUUAACCAGAUUCUUGUCCUGUCUCAUGUCGCUUUUUGCUCUUUGUGUGUGAGAUCUAUGGUUGUACAUGUAUUCUUUGCCACGUGGCAUCAUCCUUGGCAUUUUUAUAUUGUAGGUCUCUUUCUUCAUGCAAAGCUGUUGAAAUUUGUGAACCCUUCUCCAUUUAAGUACUUGCUUGCACCUGGGCAUUUGGACACAAAUCUAUAAGAUUAACUCCUAGAAAUUCCUAGACCUUUCUCGUCCAAGCACUAUAAUCUAUUUUUUGAGCUAUUUGGUCUAUAUUUU